UGCGGUUGAGCAGAGUGAGCACUGAGUGUGUCAUCAACACAACUGACUAACUGACUGUCAGAGAGCGACAGAUGAAGCCACAAAAACCACAGGCGGCUGGAAGACCAUUGAGAAAACAAGUCAUUUCUCCCAGUGACCCGAGCUCACCCACUCACAGAGUCCUCCCAAUCCUGGUUAUCAAGCACGCUCAGCGUCACCGUGGUCCACGAGACGGAAGCGAAGAAUGAAAAGAGGAAGAUGAGGAUGAGGAGGCCGAGUGUGUAGUGAAGUAAAGAGGAGGACAGGACGAUUCACAGAGGACUGAGCGGAGAAACAGCACAAUGAUCGUGGUGUUUCUGCUCUUUGUCUUUGCAGGUGUGCCAACAGCAGGCAAAACUCUGGAUGUGUGUGCCACCUGCCACACUAACGCCAGAUGUGACGACAAGGCAGACGGCUCAGGCAAAGUUUGUAACUGCAAGUACGGGUUUGUUGGAAAUGGAAGAACAUACUGUCAAGAUAAAGAUGAGUGUCAGAUAGGAGCCAGUAGGAUCUGUGGGCAGCACACCACAUGCCACAACACAUAUGGCAGCUACUUCUGUAAGUGCCUGUCUGGCUACAGCCCUUCUAACAACAUGGACGUCUUCAUCCCAAAUGAUGGAACCCACUGCCAGGACAUUGACGAGUGUGGGAUCUCAGGGCAGUGUGGAGAGGGAGGUCAGUGCAGGAACACAGAGGGCAGCUUUGAGUGCAGCUGUCAGCUGGGAUACCGAGUCCACAAUGGAACCGAGCCUUUUCAUCCUGACACAGACAAAGCUUCCUGCAAAGUGGUUGACUGUGGCCAGCCUGCCUCAGUGGAGGACACGGUGCUGUUGUCCUUCACAGGAACCACAUACGGCAACGAAGCCACAUUUGUCUGUGAUGAAGGCUUCAUUUGGGUGAGUGGAGACAACAUCUCUGUGUGUGGAGCUAAUGGACUGUGGAGAGGAUCAACAAUGGUCUGUGAAGAGGUUGACUGUGGCUCGCCCCCUGCCCUCCCUCACUCACAUAUGCUGUGGAAUAAGAGUUCAAGGAUUGGCACUGAGGUGGUUUAUCACUGUAACUCUGGCUAUCAUAAUGUUGGAAAGGGAAAUGUCUCCAUUUGUACUUCUGCUGGACAGUGGGAAGAGCCGCCUGUGCUCUGCCAAGAGACUUUGUGUGGAAGUCCUCCUGUAAGUGAAUCCACUGAGCGUGAGUGGAACGGUAACACGGCUCCUGGAGGCACCGUGUACUACUUCUGUAAAAAAGGCUUUUUUAGCAAAGGAGGACAUAAUGUAUCAGUCUGUAAUGAAAACGGUCAGUGGACAUCCCCAGCUCUGUCAUGUCAAGAGAUAUCAUGUGGGGAUCCUCCAUUACUGCCACACACUGGGCAAGUGUGCAGUGGCAGCUCCACCCCUGGAAGCACAGUGACUUACUACUGUAAAAUAGGAUUUUAUCACAGUGAAGGAAAUAAUGUGUCGUUGUGCACAGCUGAUGGUCUCUGGACAAAGCCAAACAUCUCAUGCAAAGAGGUUCGAUGUGGUGCGCCCCCACCCAUCCCUCAUUCAGUCAUGCUGUGGGAUAACAUUUCCACUGUGGGCUCUCAAGUUGUUUACCAGUGUAAAUCUGGAUAUCGCAGUGUUGGAGAGGGAAAUGUAUCAGUCUGUUCUGCCAGUGGAGAAUGGGAUGAGGCCUCUCUGCUCUGUCAAGAAAUCAACUGUCAGGAGCCUGUGUUUAAACCUCAUUCUAAAACACUAUGGGAUGGCACAUCGCACAUUGGCAGCGUGGUGUAUUACCAGUGUGAUGAAGGAUAUCACACCAGGGGCCUGAGAAACUCGUCAGUAUGUGGAGAGAAUGGACAGUGGGAGGAUAUUGAUCUAUGGUGUGAAGAAAUAAGCUGCGGUCCCCCACUAAUCCUCCCCCAUACUAACCUCCUGUGGGACCACACCAGCAGACCGGGCAGCGUGGUAUUGUAUGAGUGUGUGGAUGGAUUUUACCUGGAGAGUGGAAAUAAUAUGUCAGUGUGUUCAAUAUCAGGAGAGUGGGGAAAAAUAUCUGUAAAGUGCCAAGCUAAAUGUGGCACGGUUCCCUUCCUUGCCAACUCAGAGGUGGUGUGGCAUAAAAGAAGUGUAGUGAUCCACCGCUGUGUGGAGGGGUAUCACAGCUGGAGGGGCAGUAAUGUCUCUGUGUGUGGCGUCUCUGGGGUGUGGCAGGAAGCUACUCUGAGAUGUAUAGAAAUAAAGCCACCUAUCAAUCACCUGAAUAUUCUCAAUGAAAAAUGUUUGCAUUGGAAAGCAGAGAAGUACGAGGAGGAUCCAGAAGAUUACAAGGUGACGUACGUAGGAUCCAGAGACUACCAGAGCUCUUUUCAUGAUAAGAGGAAGCGGCUUCUGAGCUCCAAGGCCGACCAGCUGGAGCUCUGUCUCAACCUGCUUCCAGUCACAAACUACAGCAUCUCCAUCACUGCAGUAUCUGCCAGAUUCACAGCCACCAUCACCACUAACACCAGUUUACCAGUACCUCCAGCACCAGUUGUUUACUACAGAGAAUUUGAGACUCCAGUACCAACUUUGAGGCUACGCAGAUCAGCCAACACACUGGACCCAAUAAGCUUGUACCAAGUGUUUGUGCUUCCUAUAGAGGAGAUCAUGCUGUUUGAUUGUUCCAGUCCUGGACGCCCAGACCCCUCAAGAAAAAGCAAAUCCUCAUCAGAGUACAUAACUGCUCAGAUCCGCCUCACACAGGUCGGGACAGAGAUGAACUUUACUGUUGGGGAUGGACUCUACUAUGGAGGCUUCUAUAAUGCACCACUGGAGAAUGGCAGGAACUAUUAUAUCAUCUUACGAGCUGUCAGUCACUGGAAAACAGCUUUAAAAAGUUCCUGUGUCCUGUGGGCUAAAAUAGGAGGUACAUCCUAUGUCCUGAAGGUUUCAUCGCUGUCAGCUGCUGCGUCAGUAGGACUGGUGGCCUUGGCCAUUUUGGUUGGAUACAGUUGCAUCUGGUUUUUCAGGAGGACAUGACACCCUUCAGUGCUUGAUGAUCUAUGAAAUACAUGUCUUGAUUUUCUACUCAUAAUUUUGUACAUUUUGUAAAUAAUAAUAAUAGUAAACCUUGUCUCUGCCUUUAGCAACAA